AUUAAAUUAUUCUGAAAAGCGAAAAGUACUUAAUAUUUCGUGUGACGAUAGUGAAAAGGUACUUUGAGUCUUUGACCUUUGGAAGACACUUGCCAAGUUGGUAAUUAAUUGGGAUAUAGCUAUAAAGCAGCAGUUGGCCUUUCCACCGCUUCAGUCUUGGGCAUCUCUCUCUAUCAUUUGGCCAAAAUGACCAAGGUUUACCCUCAUGAUCCCACUUCCUCUCCCUGCAUGUCAUAUGGACCAGAAUCAUAUACCCUUUGGAUGAAAUCACUUGUUCUCCACUCUAACGGUUGCACCGUGUAUGAUUCAAAUGGUGUCAUCGUUUAUCGCGUUGAUAAUUAUGACACAAAGGGUAGAAGACACGUUAACCUUUUGGAUCUGCGAGGCACAGUUCUCUGUACCAUACACAAGAAACUACUUGCUUUUGGACGUUGGAAUGUCUAUAGAGGUAGCGAUAAUUCUGACUUUAAAAUCCAGGAGAAGCCGUGGUUUCAAGUUAAAAGAUGCUAUAAGAUGAUCACAAGAAAAGUAACGUGUCAGAUUACAGUGGCGUGCAAAAAGUACUGCAUAAAGAAAAUCGCUGGCAAAACGACAUUUCAGAUUGUCAACAUAGAUGGAGACAUAGUUGCCUAUGCAAAGCAAAAACACUCGUCAUCGGGAGUUGUUCUGGGUAAUGAUGUUUUAACGUUGGAUGUAGAGGGCGGAAUAGAUCAUUCUCUUAUAAUGGCUUUUGUCACUGUGUUCGGAUUAAUUUGCGGCAAAAUGUGAAUUUGUGAAUAGUAUCUAUCACUCUAUAUAUGUGUGUGUCUCUAUACAUAACAUAUAUUCUGAGAUCAGCAUGCACUCAUAUGGCUUCGCUGUACCUGAAACCUGAUUAUGUAAAUCAUCAUCGUUGCUUUUUUAAAUUUUCUCCAAAUAAACAGUUUUGUAGACCGUAUUUGACUUUAUUUUUAUUACUGUACAUACCAAGAAGAUUGUGACAGGAAUUUGGUAUUAUGGUGAAUGGUGAUGAAUUUGGAUA